UCCACAGAGAACAUCUUUGUCUCACUCUCGGCCACACGAGUAAACCACGCUUUGCAUUACAAAAAAUCGAAACCGACUUCACACCAAGAACACAUUUCCCACCAAUCCACAACACCGGUCGUUCUUUACUCACCCACUGCACUGACCCUGCAACAUAACAAAAUUGUGCAUUACGGGAAGACGCCGGUCUUGUGAAGGGCAAUGCAUGUGGUUCAGUGUUUCUAAAAUAUUUUCUAAAAGCAACACUUAACAGCGAUACGUACGAACUGAUACCACAAAUUGAGACCUAGCUGAAAAUUAAGAGAGCCACAACAAUUGUAAUUGUCGCAUUGUGAUUGCUCUUGUUGAAUGAAUAAACAUUGGGUCGUGUUGUUAUAUAACAAAUAUUUAUUGCAUCAACAUACGCCAUUAUCCAAAUAAUACACAUUGAUGAUUGUUAAUUUCGUGUAGCUACAAGGACAAUGCAAUCAUUGAAGUAUUACUGACUGAGUUUGAGCGGAAUUAAGGCGAAACGAAAGGGAAAGGGAGUCAGAUAAACACAGUGAGUCAUCACACAGCGCGACGUGUUGCAUUUUAUUGUACCAUUGGUUUACGAUACCUGGCUUAAAGUAACCCCAAAGUACGUACGUACAAGCCCAGGACACGUAAAAGAGUGAGGGAGGGAGGAAACAGGAAAUGAAGUUUUAAGGGAUAAUUGUGAGAACAUUAGUGUCACCCAUUGUUUGCAUUUCGCUGUAAUGCGAUACACCUGUCCUCACUUUGUUUCAGCCUCGUGAAGUGUAAUUUACUCUAAUCCCCGGUUCACGGUUUAAUAAAAGUGACUGCUUAUUUGACGAUAUAUCAUAUCUGCCCAUUAUAUCUGCACGCGUAUUGGACCAACGCAUGCGACCGAAAUCCUUCGCAACUCAUCGUCGUAAAAAUUGGGGAAUGUGCCAAAGCCAAACUCAUCAGUUCAGUGUCAGCAGCCAUAAUCAAGAGGAAGUUGCAUGUAAUUACACGGCUUCAUCUCCCCUUGCGUGGUGUUACUUGCUUGCUAAUUGCGAAAAAUUUAUGGAACCCAUCAUCAUUCGCAAGUUGAAGUGAUUUCGACCAAUUUUCGCCAACAUCAUCUAUAAGGAACCAAUUAUACCGGAUUGCGUACAUCAUCAUCGCGUGAAUGGAGUUGCUUCAGUCAUCGCAUGCCGUGAGGUUGGAUGGGAUCUUCAAGUGCAAAACAAAUAUUUGAUCACCCAGAAAGAACCUCAACCAGCUCUACAAUUUUAUAGUUUUCUAGACACGACCAGAUGAAAUAUUGGCAGUUGUUGUCAGUCAAGCAGAGCAUGAUAUUGAAAAUUACAACCCUGCAAUUCAAGCACGAACUCGCGUUAAUUUGAAUUUUCUGACAAAUUAUCCUACAUCAAUUUGAUUAUUUAUUGAUUUCAACCACUUAAAAUUAUCAUUAGCUGCAUAUGUUGUGCUAGUGGAGUGUACAAAUACCAAGUGUACAGGAUCUUAAAUUGUCCCCUAAGUUAACAAAUCAUAAGAACUAAAACCAUAAACUUGGAACGGGUCAUCAACAAGUAAAACCAUUUGCAAGACUGGCAAAAAUGAGAUAAACCAGUGAAACCACUUAAAGUUCACAUUAGAACCAUUUACUAGUUUAAAUAAGUUAAGUGCUGUUUUGCGAAAUCUGAAAAAUUGACACAUUUUAAAUAUAUUUGUGUUUUUAAGUAAAGCAACUUCUUGUGCAAAAAUCUGAACUUGUCUGGAAACGACGUAGCACAUUCCCUGUUUUUCACUGUGUUUGACCCAAAUUCUAAUUUUACAUGUGAACUUAGACUUACUUGUUAGAUUAUUGUGCCAAUCCUCACUGCCGAAAAGCUCAAAAGCAUCUGUGUUCACGUAACUCAAGAUUAGCUCGUGCGUGGACUAUUCUCCAUAAAACAUUACCAGUUGAGUGAGGGUACGGCCGAAUUAAGUAAAUUAUUUCACACGCAUCUCCAUCUGCUUCACUUGCAAUUUUGAUCAAGAUUUGUCUGACACUUCAUUAAACAUCUCUCUCUCUCGCUUUUGUUGAGUGGAAGCAAACAGCUACACGCUGCUUUAAGUUUGUUCUUCAUACAAAAUCACUCCACAACUCUGUAUAAAUCUUACAUGAGCAAAUUGUGAGCAGUGUGUCUGACUCGACGUCUUGAAAUCUCGAAGAACUCGCUUCCUGUAGUAAAAUAAACCAUACUGAACAAGAAAAAGUAUAACUUUCCACACGUAUGACACCACCAUCACCUCUCUGAAAUGAAAUAAUAAUCAUCUGUACGUCCAGGUCUUUCUACAUCUCGAAAGAAUUGGCAACUUUUUUUGCAAAGCGAAAAAUUCCAGACGCGAACAAGGCUUCCACGAAGCAGAUUCCAUCUUAGCUAGCUAAAAGCGAUUCAUCUCAAUUCUUAAAUGUCAAAGGGGAGGAAAUAACUCAAACCACAGCAGCACCAGCAGCAUUACAAAAAUCCCAAUUUGCAAUUCUGACAAGUCGAAGUUGUUACUCCACCAGGCCAUUUUUCCUUCAAAAGUGGGACUCGGUAAGAAAACAUACUGGAAUUCUGGGAAAAUGUGACACAUCUGUGCGACAUCGCCAUACAUACCCCAAUAUGUAUUUCCAUGAUUAAAACCAUAUUUCAAAACGGAUGGAUCGAACUGGUGUAUGCAUGCCAAAAAAGAAAUGAAUUUAGAGGAACUAGAAGAAACAAUACCAAAACUUAUGUAACGACGACCAAACCAAAAAUUGUGUUUGCGAAGGACACAUAACUUUUGGCUUUACUCCGAAUGCUAGACUUCCAUUACAAUAAAACCAGCAUAAUUUCUAUCUCGACUUACUCGGAACAACACCGGUUUCCUUUUAAAAGUUUUUGCUUGAAACCAGUAUUUAAAUUACAAGUUGAGCUAAUGGGAAAACAAAGUCCGUUAAAUCUCAAGUAAGCACAGACAACAGAUCUGCAUUGCGUUUGAACUGGUGCCCAUCACAUUCGCCAUAAAAGAACUCUAACCUCAUUUUAAGACGUGUCGUUCUUCCUUGCUGACUGCAGGGCCGAUUUGUGAGUGAACAUUUAUUCGACAUUUAACAAUGCAGCUUUGUGCGUGGGGCAUUGUAUCGGCCAGGCUACUGCUUGCUCCACUUUUUGCAUCGUGUUGAAUUACAUAAAAUAGCAUCAUAAAAGGAUCGCCGGGGUGUGUGAACGUGAACAAUCCCUCAAAUUGUAAACUUGAAGCAAAUAAGGAGAGUAAGCUGGGAUUCGAAAAAGUGCGUCUCAAGUUCACGUAUUUAUCAUCCUCCCCAAUAAAUAAUGUGAACAGUGUGGCCCAGAAAGACUUCCUCGAGUAAAAUAAGGAUGCUCUACGAGAACCACCCAUCAUAAUCUCAUUCUUUAUAAGGAAGGAAUCACAAAGCUUCUUCAAAAAAUAUUUUAAAAUCGACCUGUGCUGGGGUCGUAACUCUUUCAAAGAAUUUUAUCCAAAAAUAAAUCUUCCAAAGGAGAGUAGAAGCAGAUCUUACCGAACUCACCGAUCUACAAGUACAAACUGGAAAGCAAGUCGUGGUAACACUAACAGAUCAUAAAGAGAGAGGAUUCAGUCUUCUUCGUCGUCUUCCAACUCAACUAAACCAAAGAAUAACAAGAAUUCUCUUAUGGAAUAACAAAUAAUACUCCCGGUUUGCUGUCGUCGUCAUCGUCGUAUGGACACCACCACUACUGCACAUACAUAGUUUUAAAGAAAUAUUUAUUCCAGUGCCCAGCGUGAUCUCAGUUUUUUUCCUUCCUCGGCACAAUUCUAUUUUAAACAAAACUUCUUCCUGUGAUAAUACGCGUGCAGACAGAAAUUGAACAUUUAUCGGAGAGAAUUUACUCAACUUGAGAAUAUGAAAUUGGAUCCAUCGUGAAACACUGAAAAAAAUUACACGUGUUCAAUUCACCCAAACUAAGCAAACGAUUUUCCGAACUUUGCCCUAAAAUAAGACGGCGAUAGAAAUUGAGUUUCGAUUGGUCGUAUGAAACGAAGCCAGAGAAAAUUUGCAGUGCGGGAACAUUAUAAUACAGAGAUCAAGCGGUGUGAAUACAAAGUUGAAUAAAUUGAGAUCUCAAUCUACUCAAUUUCUCAUUCCAAAUUAUUUCUGAAGCAACAAAGACGACUCGCCCUCUCAAAAGUACAGAGUCUUCCGAACGGUUGUGUAUCACCCCUGUUUUUCGCACCAAUAAGUAAUGAAAAUAGAACAAGUUUUCCAAUUAAAAGUGAAAACAACAAGUUGGCAACUCACCCCUCUGCCUGCACCAUAAUCUGAUGUCUCAUCAUCAACAUAAAAUAAUCCUUAAUUAAGUAAUAGAAGAAAGUACGCUAUUCACUACUUAAUUUAAUCCUCGAGGAAGCAGGAAUAAUUAUCUGACUAUGAUGGAACCUCUGCCCGCUUUGGACGAUCUGGAAAUUCAAGAGAAAGUCGAGUCCCUUGUCGGAAAAGGGACAAGAGUUUUGGAUUGUGAGAAAAACCAGUCCUUUCAGACAGAGGAAGUUUUGCUGGUUAAUGGGUUCCCAGUGCCCCUGGUGGGAGAACAAGGCCAAAUUAUAAAGGCCGCCCUCCUCUCAGGUCAAGUGCCCCCGGGGGACUUGCUGAAUGAAAUCUUAAUUAAGGCUGGGAUCCUGAAAAACCCUGUAGAGCUGGAGGCAACUUGCAACGUUAAAACCACGACAAAGACGACGGAGGUGAUGACCUUGCGAGACAAGAACGGGAUUCUGCUAGAUGAGCGGAUGAAGGAGGUCGAGGAGGAUAACCAGUACCAGAGCACGAGCAAAGAGGUUUGGCGGAAGGAUUUGCAAGGGCUGGGAGAAUCUCUGGGGAAGUUGGCCUUCAACUCUAGCUCCAUUUCCAGCAGUGUUAAUGGGAGUGUGGCAGGGUCACCGGUGAAGCAUUUGAACAAUGGGAGCAGUGUGGGUGGAGCCUGCGGUGGUGGGUCAACCUUGGGCUCCAUGGGGUUUGGAACUUCCUCAUUCUUCAGAGCUAGUUCUCCAGCAAAUUUGAGCACUAGAUCCUCCAAUGUUGCACCACCCCCACCGCUGGUGACGGCUGGCAACAUUGGUCACCAGCACUCCCCACAGUCAUCCUCUUCCUCUUCUAUUGGAAUUUCGGAAGGGUCCUCUUCACGUUCAGAGUCAUCUGCCUCAUCGCUCUCCAGAUUUAGUCCCAGCAUAUUUGGGACGGUCGCGUCUUCACCAAGCCCCGAUUUCUGCUAUGCUGCCAACCACCAAAGAAAGACGUUGCCACAAACCCCACUGACUGCGAAUGGGUCCCUUCCAGCCACCUCCAUUCUAACCAACGGAUCUCACCCCAUUGAAGUGGCGGAGACCAUGCACCCCAUCGCGGAGGAGAAUGGACGCCACCGACCACAAAGCUCGCAAUCAUCAUCCUCCUCCGCGAAUGGGAGGACCCCGUGCGAUUGGGACAAUGCUCUCGUCUACCAAGACACCAAUCUCGUCUCUGGGACACUGGACGCCUUAAUCCAGCACCUCGUCCCCACACAGUCGUACUAUCCCGAUCGGGCGUAUGUAUUUGCAUUCCUCCUCUCGUCCAGACUCUAUAUUCGUCCACACGAGUUGCUUGGCAGAGUGUUUCGACUCGCUAUGGUCACCCCAAGCCAUUCCCCAAAAUACCAAUCCCUGAAGGAGGUGAAGAUCGUGGGACACAUUAUCCAACUGAUGGGGGAGUGGACCGAACUGUUUCCCUACGACUUUAGGGACGAGCGAAUGAUGGGUCACGUUCGGACCAUUACUCAGAAAUGUGUUUGUGUCGACCCAUCGAUACGGAAGGAAGUGGGAAACUUGCUCUCGUCCCUUCUUGCUAAGCUCACAGCCUUAGAAAGAUAUGAGGACUUUCUCCAUAGGAUCAACACGGAAGCCGCCCUUGGCGAACCUGGCGCUUUGAGCUCUGUGCUGACAAUGUGUCCAAGUCCAAGUAUGUUAGCACAGCAGUUGACCCACAUUGAAUUAGAGAGAUUGUCAAAGAUCGGGCCGGAGGAAUUUGUUCAGGCCUUUGCUAAAGAUAGCUCUCAAGUGGAGUACAAAGAUAUGAAGAAAACGAGGAACCUGGAGUCUUAUGUGCAAUGGUUUAAUCGACUGAGUUAUUACUGUGCAUCAGAGAUUUGCAAGAUGCAAAAGAAGAAGACGAGAAUUCGUGUGAUUGAGUAUUUCAUCGAAACUGCUCGAGAAUGUUUCAAUAUUGGAAAUUUCAACAGCUUGAUGGCGAUAAUUGCUGGACUAAAUAUGUCACCGGUGGCACGCAUGAAGAAAACUUGGGCGAAAGUCAAUCUGUCGCAGUUAGCCGUUCUUGAGCAUCAGAUGGAUCCUAGUUCAAAUUUUACUUCAUAUCGAUCCACAUUGAAGGCCGCCGUUUGGAGAUCUGCUGGUGCCACGGACGAACGCCAAAGGAUUGUAAUUCCCUUCUUUUCCUUGUUGGUGAAAGACCUGUACUUCUUGAACGAAGGAUGUGCCUCACAAUUGGGAAAUGGACACAUCAAUUUUGACAAAUUUUGGCAACUAGCAAAGCAAGUAACCGAGGUUGUAGCGUGGCAGCAAAUCCAGUGUCCAUUCCCAAAAGUCCAAACAGUCCUAACAGCAUUACAAACGGCACCUGUUUUCGGAGAAAGCGCUCUGUACUUGUCAUCCUUCGAAUGCGAGACGGCAGAGAACGCCCAGGAAAAGGAACGCGUGAAAUACUUAAAGUCGGACGGCGUCAACAGAAUCUCGGGCACACCUCCCAGCACAAAAGAAGCGAAAGGCAGCAAGUCAGAGAAGGAAAAAUCUCACAAGUGAAUGUCACAAACAAACCACAAAUCCAAGUGGCUAAUCUACCUCCUACAAAUUUUACUUCAAUUUAUAACCUCUAGAGAUACUCUAAAUAUUUAUACAUAGCUCCAACUUAUAGUACUUACAUACAUACAUCGUAAGUCUUAUUACAGUAUAUAUUGUGACUACAUAAGAUUUCGUAACAUUGUCCAAUUUAAUGAUGUCACGGUGCCUUAAAGGGCUUUUUCAACGGGACGACGAAUUUUAUCUUUUGUUAACGCACUUGCAUUUCUAGUUAUUACAAAACAAUUGAUAAUCUUUUAAAAUCAAAGAGUUAACAAUACCAGGAAAACCAUAAUAUGAACACCAUUCUAGUCAGUCAAUUGAAGAAGGAGAAAACUUUAACUUUGCUGUUCAAUUCCAUUUAGUGUAUCUAUUGGUAUUUUGAUAACAUGUAUUUUUAUCUCCGCCCUUACACCAUCAUAGAUCCACAAUAUUUAGAUAUUUCCAAACGUGUAUAUUUAAUACUAAAACUUUGAAACUAUCAACUAAUUGUUACAAACGAUAUGUGUUCCUCAAUUCACAGAUGUAAAAGUAUUAUGUUCACAGACAGAUGAAACAUUAAUGUAAUUUAGUUUAGGAUUUACCGCAAGUUUAGAUAUUAACAAAAUGUCUGUUUAUUUCGUUCGAAAACAAAUAAAUCAUUUCAUAAUAAAUAUGCA